UCAUCAGCAUCUGCUCUUUGCAGAUCUCAAGUGAAAGCUUCACAAACUAAAAUGUCCAACUUCAAUUGCAAUGGUCAAACUGAAUUUGAAGUUUAUGCAAGCUGUCUUGGGAAGGCCCUGUGCUAUAUUCCCACCCCAACAACAGUAGGCUUAUAUGCACCCUGGGGAUCUGGAAUCAACCAGCUUCUACACAAUGUACAAAAACAAAUGGUAUCGGAAGCGCUUUGUCGAGAGAAGAAGGAAUUUUCAAGGACCCAGGAGAAACCUCGGACAACCUCUGGUCUUGGAUUUGUUUUCCUUUUGCUACAUUUGAUUUUCCUUAAGCCUCAGCUGACGGAAUGGCAUGAAAAACGGAAAAAUUUCAGAUUCAUAUUUGUUAAAUUCAGUGCAUGGGAAUUUGCAGGCAGUGAUAAGUUGUGGGCUGGUCUCAUAACAACAUUGUGUGAUAACAUCAAAGACCAGUUUGGAUGCAUUCCAACUAGUAUUGUUAGGUCCCUGGGUCACCAGUCCACCUUAGAAAAAUGCAAAUUUGGUUCUGAAUGGGUGUCUAAAAAAAUCCUCAGAAUUCCAGUUUGGUUUAUUUUCAGUUUCCUCCUAUUACUGGCUCUGAUACUCACACUAGCCAUCUCAGUGUUUGGCAUUUCCAUUGCAGAGAUGGGAAAUAAUUUUGCCUUAGCCCUUGAAGGUGUGGGUUUUGGAUUAAUUGGAUGUUCUGCUCUCCUGACAAUGAAAAACUCCCUUGCAGUGGGCAGAAAUAUGAUAGUCAGCCAGAAGGCCAAAAUGGAAAGCCUAAUGAAUAAAACAGACUUCAGCGCUCAACUGGGGUUCAUGAAUGAUAUAAAGCAAGAAGUUAAAGUUCUUACAAACUUCAUCAAGUACAUAGAAGUCUUUGAACGAAGAAAGAUUCGGAUAGUCCUGGAAAUUAUGAGUCUUGAUAGGUGCUCUCCAGAUAAAGUUGUUGGAGUCUUAGACGCUAUGAACAUCCUUCUUUCAGAUUCAGAUGCUCCUUUUAUUUCAGUGCUGGCUGUUGACCCUAGCAUCAUUGUAGCCUGUGUGGAGAAAUCUAAUACUUUCAAAGGUAUGGCAGACAAUGGCUACGAGUUCCUGAACAGAAUUGUGACACUACCAUUUUGUGUCCCCCACAUGGAUGCUCAAACCAAACUCAACUUUAUAAAGCAGGUAGUGGAAGGCAAGAAUGCCCUAAUGGAAGAUACUCCAAUGCAGCCUCAGAGAUAUGAAGCAGGCAAGUUUCAGGGAAACUCUAUGGAAGUUGUGCCAUUGAUGAAUGUUUCAUGUGAAGAGAACCAUCCUUCUAAACAAAGAAAUGGCAAAAUGAAACCAAGUCACUAUAUUCGACAGACCUAUCAGUGCUUAAUGGACAGAGAGAGCAACCUUCAUGAGUACAUUGAGGAGAACUUCCUACAAAUGAGGAGGAUAGUAAACAUAAUUCCAAUUAUGACUGCACUCAUGUUUGAAAAAAAUGUUUCAAUGAGUUCAUUUUCCCCUCAGAGAAUUGCUGCAUGGGUUACUUUAGCCACCUGCUGGCCAUGUCGCCUCAGCUGGAUCUGGCAAUGCUUGGAAGAUGCGGAACAAAGGAAAGAGUUAAAUGAAGAAAAGAAUAUUAAUGAUGAGAUGCUAUUGUGGACCAUUUAUGAAAACUCCUCAGACAAACUGAGAUUAAUACAACCCAGUAUUGAUAAAUUAUUGACACUGGAUGGAGAUCCUGAAAUCUUUCAGAAGUUUUUAUCAAUCAGCUAUAAAUUCACCGUUAAGGAUGCAAAAAUAAUCCUGCCGUACACAAUUAAUCUAGAUUCUUCUUUAAAGAGAAAGAUGGAGUUACUUCUUGGAAGCAAAUUGUUAGGGAGAAGAGCAACCUCGUCUUCUGAAAAUGUUACAAGGCCUGAAUGGAAUUCAGAAUAA